AAGGCUUUAAUCGAAUAGCAUGAUAUCCAUCUUCAAAACUAGACUAAAGUUGUCCGUGAUGUACAAUAUAUUUGACUGCUCGUUCCAUUAUACUUUUUACAUAGACAUAACCUACUUGACCCGUACUAUUUUUUAUUGAACAAACAAAAAACAAAGCAGAUAUUUAAAUUCGUCCGUUUGUAUUUUCAAACUGUUUAAAUUGAUCUCAAAACAUGUUCUAAUUAACAAAUAUUUACUGAAGUAAAUGAGAGGUUUUUGUACACAUUUAGUAGUUAAGGAUUUAAAACUAAAAACAUAUAUAUAUAUAUAAUUAUAAGCAUCGAGAUUUCAAAAGAUAUAGCGGCUUUUAAUUUGAUCGUCGUUUACUUCAAUAUCGAGAACUGUUCAGUAAUGUAGACGGCCUUUACUAACUUAGGUAAGUCAUAUUUAUUUCACAUUUAUUUGUCUAUAUAAAUAUGCAUGAUGACAGUUUCAUCUGUUAAAAGGCAAUACAAAUACAUGAUAAUGCAAAAUAAUAAUGAAACAAAAUAUCUAAAUUUAAACUUUACAUAUUUUGCAAUUAAUUAUAAAUAAUGUUAUCAUUCUAAACGAUUUGGUUCAGUCAAACCCUACUAAGUGCCAUCACUGUUUCAGAGAUACUAAACAUUUAAGCUGUAGCCAUGGGAUGUGGUUCAUCUUCGUCAUCUGGUACGGAACAGUCAAUCGAAAAAAUUAAAACUAAGGAGGUUGGAGGAAAUCCCAAUUCUACAACAGCUGUCAAUAGAUCACAAAUUGUACAGUCGUCAAAAGUAAAGACAUCGAACAAUGACAAAACCAGAACAACGAACAGUGAUAAAGUAAAACCUUCAGCAAAAUCUGAUGAUUUCAAACUUGACUUCGACGAAUUCAAAGAUAUAGAUGAACAUGCAAGACAGACGCCAAAGUCUGUUGAAAACUCUAUCAACGAACUUGCUGACUAUCUGGCAAAACCUGCCAAAAGUGAACUAGAGACCAUUCGAGCUUUUUAUGUUUGGAUUUGCAAUAAUAUAAGUUACAAUGCCACAGCUUACUUUGGUGGUGAAUCGGCAGCUAGAGAGCCUGUUGAUGUUUUAAAAUCUAAAAGCAGUGUGUGUGAAGGAUAUGCUAGACUCUUCCAAGCACUCUGUGUAGCAAAAGACAUAAAAUGUCAAAAGAUCAGUGGAUUCUCGAAAGGAUAUGGCCAUCAGCUUGGUACAAUCUUAUCUUAUGAAAACAAAACAGAUCAUGCUUGGAAUGUUGUAUUUGUUUCCGGGAAAUGGAGAUUUAUAGAGACAACAUGGGGAGCUGGUUAUCUUGAUAAUCAAAAAGCAUUCGUAAAGAAAUUUUCAAAUUUCUACUUUUUAAUAAAACCAGAACACUUCAUAGAGGAUCAUUUUCCUUACAACAAUAAUGACGUAGAGGGGAGCAAGGAAUGGCAACUUCUUAAAAGACCCGUGACUCUUGAAGAAUUUUCAAAAACUUUAAAAACAACAAAGUUUGCAAGAGAAUGGGAUAUUACAUUUCCAUCUUAUAAAUAUGAAGUUGUCAAAGUUGAAAGGAAGGCUUCAAUAUUAAUAGAAUCGAAACAAAACACACUAACGAACGUUAAAGUAACCCUUUAUAAUAGCAGCAGAGAACUAUGCAACAACUCUGUGGUAUUGGUCAAGGAUAACUUUUCAAACUACACAAUUACCAUCAUGCCAAAAGAAAUUGGAAAGUAUACACUUAAGGUAUACGGUUCAUUUGAUCAAUUACAAAAUGUCAUGCCGAAACUGACAGAGUAUAUGAUAGAAUGCACGUCUACAGAGGAAGAAUUCAUGCCUUAUCCAGAACAUAAUAGAUUCUAUGGUCCGUCUACUGAUUGUAAAAUUCGAGGCUUUGUAAAUUUUGACUCAAUACCUGCUUUUCAAAUCUGCAAAAACGGUGAAUUUGAAUUGAAAAUAAAAACAAAUAGGACUGUUAAGGUUUCUGCAAACAUUUUUGAGACUGAUGGAAGCAGAAGCUCUGAUUUUGUCAUGAUUGAACAAUCGAACGAUUCGGUGUGUGUCAAAGCACGUUUUAUAAUCAAGGGAUACUAUAAACUUACGAUUUUUAGCGAGUUGGAAGGCAACGACAAACAUAGUGAGGCAAUGAAUAUUUUGGUUCUGAACAAAAUAGGCGCAAAAAUCUCAAUUCCAUUUCCUAAAACAUAUUCUUCUACAAAGGAAUAUAAUUGCCAUCUUGUCGAGCCGCUUGUGCGUAAUAUCCCGUCCAAUGCGAAUGUUCGUUUCGUUAUGUCUUCUCCUGUGAUUGAACAAAUCCUAAUCGAUGGCAAGGUUUAUAAAAAAGAAAACAGUCAGCCAUGGGACGUUACUGUAAAAACAGGUGACUCGGGCGACGUAAAAGUAUCCGCAAAAACGGACAUCAACUCAAAAAGCUUUACCUCCAUAUACCAAUUUGUGGUAGAUUCAGAAUAACAUACUGAUAGAUUCAUUUGAAUUAUGAUCAUGUUUAUAUCAGACUGAAGUAUAUUUUACUUUUUGUUUUAUUUUUAUUGCACCACUUCAAAAUAAUGAUUAAACAGAUAAUAUCAUUUAAAGUAGUAUGGGAGUAUAAUCUGUAAUAAUAGAAUUUUGUAAUUUUUUGGCAAAAUGUAGGUUAUAUUGUGAUACAUGUAUGUUUAGAUGUAUAUAAAGAAAGAUAGGUGACAAAGCGUAUUGCCAAGCUACAAAUUUUAAAACAUGACAUAUGUUUUAUGGAUUACGAGAGUAUUACCAUAUCAGUAGUCAGCACUUCUAAAUGUUGUGUGUCGACAUGAAUUGUCAUUAAUAUGGUUAUAUUCAUAAAUAAACUGUUUGAAAAACU